GCAAAGCCAACAACAAUGUACAGUGGGAUGAGGACUCCGUAGAAUACAUGCCAGCCAACCCAGUCAGGAUCGCAUUUGUCUUGGUUGUUCAUGGCAGAGCUUCUCGGCAGCUCCAACGCAUGUUUAAGGCUAUUUACCAUAAAGACCAUUUUUAUUACAUUCAUGUUGACAAGCGAUCCAAUUACUUGCACCGGCAAGUGCUCCAGUUUGCCAACCAGUACCCAAAUGUGAGAGUCACUUCUUGGAGAAUGGCAACGAUCUGGGGAGGAGCAAGUCUUCUGUCUACCUACCUACAGACCAUGAGGGACUUAAUGGAAAUGAAUGACUGGCCAUGGGAUUUCUUCAUUAACCUCAGUGCUGCUGAUUACCCAAUCAGAACAAAUGACCAGCUAGUAGCUUUCCUGUCCAGAUAUCGUGAUAUGAACUUCUUGAAAUCGCAUGGGAGGGACAACGCACGAUUCAUCAGAAAGCAAGGCUUGGAUCGGCUUUUCCUGGAAUGCGAUACCCACAUGUGGCGCCUGGGGGACCGGAGGAUCCCAGAAGGAAUCGCAGUUGAUGGAGGGUCGGACUGGUUUCUGCUGAACAGGAAGUUUGUGGAGUAUGUCACGUUUUCCAAUGAUGAUCUGGUAACAAAGAUGAGGAGAUUUUACUCUUACACGUUGCUUCCUGCUGAGUCCUUCUUUCACACUGUUCUGGAAAACAGCCCGUACUGUGACUCCAUGGUGGACAACAACCUGCGCAUCACAAACUGGAACCGUAAACUCGGUUGCAAGUGUCAGUACAAGCACAUUGUUGACUGGUGUGGCUGUUCACCUAAUGACUUCAAACCAGCAGACUUCCACCGAUUCCAGCAGACUGCCAGGCCUACUUUCUUUGCCCGCAAAUUUGAAGCUGUAGUGAAUCAAGAGAUAAUUGGCCAGUUGGACUACUACUUGUAUGGCAACUACCCAUCUGGCACACCUGGCCUUCGGUCAUACUGGGAGAACGUGUACGAUGAACCUGAUGGCGUGCACACUCUCAGCGAUGUUGCCCUCACCAUGUACCAUGCGUUCUCCCGCUUGGGCCUGCAGAGAGCCGAGACUUCAUUCCACGCUGCUGGAGACAACAGCUGCCGAUACUACCCCAUGGGCCAUCCGGUUUCUGUCCACCUCUACUUCCUUGCUGACCGUUUCCAAGGCUUCCUAAUCAGACACCAUGCAACUAAUCUGGCUGUCAGUAAACUAGAAACGUUGGAAACGUGGGUGAUGCCAAAGAAAGUCUUCAAGAUUGCAAGUCCACCAAGUGACUUUGGAAGGUUGCAGUUCUCAGAGAUUGGCACCGAAUGGGACGCCAAGGAAAGGCUUUUCCGGAAUUUCGGAGGACUCCUGGGGCCAACAGAUGAGCCAGUUGGCAUGCAGAAAUGGGGAAAAGGCCCUAACGUCACCGUUACUGUCAUUUGGGUGGAUCCUGUUAAUGUAAUUGCAGCAACAUACGAUAUUCUCAUUGAAUCCAGUGCCGAGUUUACUCACUACAAACCACCUUUGAAUUUGCCCCUGCGACCCGGUGUCUGGACGAUAAAAAUUCUGCACCACUGGGUACAGGUAGCUGAAACCAAAUUCCUUGUUACUCCUCUCACCUUCUCUAAUCGGCAGCCCAUCAAACAAGAUGAAGCCUUGAAGUAUCACAGUGGGCCUCCAAAGAACACAUACAUGGAGCAGAGCUUCCAGGGCUUGAACCCCGUCCUGAAUAUCCCCAUCAGUGCAACCCACGUGGACCAGGCCAAGAGGAACGCGGGGCUCGUGGGUGCCCGGCUGGAAGCCUGGGUGGACUCUCUGGUCAGCAGCGUCUGGUCGGCUGUGGACAUCUGCAGUGCUGGCCCCACCGCCUGCCCGGUCAUGCAGGGCUGUGCUCAGACAGCCUGGAGUUCCCUGAGCCCAGACCCCAAAUCUGAGCUGGGCCCCGUCAAACCCGACGGUCGCUUGAGGUAA